GAAAAUUUAAUGGAUAUUUUAGAUAAUCAUUGCAUUAAAUUAAUAGAAAAUUAAUAUUACUGAGAACCGAAUGUUUAUUUUAAGUUAAUUAUCUUCUCUGCUGAGCAUGGUGGAUUUUACUUUGAGCUGAAAUGUUGACAUCGGUUCAAACUUCACAACACUAACAACAGAUCUGGUAUCAGUCACACAACUAGUUAUUAACUGUCAGCUUCUGUAUCUAAUAUCAGCUGAAUUUGACAUUAAAUCAGUCGUUUCUCCCUCUCAAUCAGCGCUUUUAUUGCAGCGGGCGACGUUUAGUUUCCCGUGUGAUGAUAAAGUGUUUGUGAGCGUCGGAAUAGAAGAAGUCCGAAUCUGUGAAUAUCUUUCCAACUUUACCGAACUCGGUAUAACGUGCAACACGUUCCCAUUAACCCUUUAGGCGACACAGUUUUUUCAAUAAAAUAUUCAGUUUUCAUAUCACUUUUUCAAAAGGUUGUAACUUGAAAAUGAUUAGAGAUAAAGGCAUACUGUAAAUGAGUAAAAUCAUCAGUAUGAUCCAAAGUUUGUGAUGGGAGUAAAUUCACUCAUCUAAUUUGCAUAUCAUGACGUCACCAGGCGGCGGACAUAUGGAUUACAUAACUUUUACAGAUGUUUAUCGAUCAAGAUGGCAUUGCUUGGCUCAGAAUUUGUCAGAUUCCUGUCUCCACGAUACUCAACAGGCUCAUCUAAAUGUCUGAUCCACUUGUGAUACUGUUCCUCAUCUCUCAAGCAAACCCAGCCAUUAUCAUCGUCAUUUACGGCGGGGCCGUGAACGCCACUGCGGCCUCCGCCGCUUUUAUCAGUGCAUUUUCUCCCGCGUCUGCCGCUAUUUCCGCGGUUUUUUGCAUCCCCGCUACCCACUUCACUAUUAGCGGUGUUUUGACCACCGCUGCUACACCCACCACGUCCCCUCCUGCCACCCCGGACACGGUGAAGCAAAGCAUCGGCUCCAGGAUGUGCUGCUUGUGGACUGUCAUGGAGCGCGGACUCGCUGCCGUUACGUUACGUUGCUUGUCGCAAUAUUGCGACUUUGGCGCUUAAAUUAAGAUAUUAAAAAAAAACAACCAAAACAGCUAGCUAGCUAGCUAAACCAGAUGACUCUUUCAAAAUGCUAUAUUACAGAGUUUAUCAAUACAACGCAGAACUACCGAAGCAGGCACACGGCCAAAGUUUUUAGUAAUGUCCCUUUACACAAAACAUGACAACUCCAGAGCACAUUUGAAACACAUUCAUCCCAUUUGUUUGCGCUGCGCUAUAACAGGUUGUUGCUGACUAACGAAGCACGUUCACAGCACAACACAUCAUUUAGAAUUUACACAUAUACUUAGAUAAAUCGUCUUGGAAAAAUUUACCUCUAAAAAACAAGAAACAUUUGUAGCUUACCGUUUUGUUUCUCCACUAAACACUGUGACCAACCUUAAGCCAGUUGGAUCGAGUGGUUCAGCCGUUAGAAGUUCAAACAUUAAAGAACACUGCGGCGUAUCACUCCGCCCAGCGUCAAAGAGGCCCUACUUUACGUGGUGUAAAUGCGCUCAGGACUAUUUUACCUGAUUACCUCUAAUAAUUUGAAAUAAUCUUGAUUUUGAGGGGGAAAAUAUGAGAUAAUCUUAAUAUGCAAUUUGUAAAAGGAUGAUUCUAUGGUUAGGGGUACAUUUCUGUGGAGGACUAAAAGUGCCAAAUUUAAAUAAAUAAAUCCAUCGUUAAAUAAUUUAUUAAAUAUGUCAUUAAUUAAUUAAAAUUGAAAUCAAGUAUGCCGUGAUUCCACAAGCAUCUACUCGGCACGGUACGGCUCGGCUCGUCUUUGUUUGCGAGCGUUUCCAUACGGGUUAGUGCCUGGUACAAGGCACUAUUUUCAGCAUCUUCUCGGCUGAGGUUCCAAGCGAGCUAAGAUGAGCCGAUAAUGUGACGUUUACAUAGUGCAGGCCACUGAUUGGACAGGAGUGCAGGCCACUGAUUGGACAGGGAGGGACGACACAUAGCUGCUGCCUACAUGUUCACAUUUUUCCCAUCACUUUUCCAAUCAAUAAAUAAUACAAAUACCUUUAUUUGUUUAGCAAUGCUACAUGCAUAACAUAUAAAAAGUGCAAUUUAAGAAAAACCUUACAAUACAUAUACAAAAGUACAUAAUAAAAGUAAUAAAAUAGCAGGUGUAAUACUGGUAAGUUACAUAAAAUUGCAAAAGAUAUUUAAAGACAGUGUUUAGUGACUGUGGGGAACAUUUAAGAGAACAGAUUUAGAGAAUCUCAGGGAUCUAUAACUUAGUCAACAUAUCAGAUAAAUAGUCAGGAACUAGUAGAUUAAAAGAUUUAAAAACUAAAUUGAAUUAUGAAAUGAGCAGAAAGCCAAUAAAAAGCCUUUAAAACCGAAGUAUUUGCAUUUGGUUUUGGUGCAAAGAUGCAAAAUUUCUAAAGAUUUCUUGGGCGUUUUAAUAGAAAUGAAGUCUGCAAGAAAUAGUACAAGCAUGAAAAGGUUAAAAACUCUAUUUUUAGUGAUGUUUCUCAGCUGAGAUCUAAGUUGAAUCUGACUUUCUUUAUCACCAGUGAUGGUCAGACCUCUAACUGUAAUCUUUAGACACGUUUCUGUAGCAACUCAGGCUACGCUAAAGACUAGUGAUGGCGAGAUGAAGCUUCAUGAAGCACUGAGGCUUUCCAUCCAGUUGAUUCACUCAUGGUUCGAAGCUUCAUGGUGCUUCAUUUGCUCUACUGCGCCAUCAACUGGACAAAUAAAACAGGCAGAGUGCCUAUAAUGACACACUAGCUUUGCUAUGUGAAGCUGUGAAUUGUGCUUAAAUGAUAAUACCAGUAAACAAGUAAUAUACUUAAUAUAGUGUCUGCUUUUCCUGAUAGCAGGAACACAGGGGGAAAUGGAAACAAACUGGAGAGAGAUUUGAGAUUUGUAGCUUGAUUGCUUGAUUGAUGUCAGGUUCUGGCUUUCUGUAAAGUGCUUAGAUACUUUUAAUUGUAAUAAGGGCUAUAUAAAUGAAAUUUAUUGUGCUUUUGCUACUUGUUGUUUUGUGACUGCAUGUGGUACCAGUGACAACCUGUAAAACAAAAAUAGGGACAACAUUUGAUUUGUUUUUAUUCAAAAACAUCCAUUUUUCCACAGUGCUGGGAUCCAGGGUGUGUGUGUGUGUGUGUGUGUGUGUGUGUGUGUGUGUGUGUGUGUGUGUGUGUGUGUGUGUGUGUGUGUGUGUGUGUGUGUGUGUGUGAGUGUGCUGCAGUGUUGUUUGCAGAAUGUAUGUAAAUGUCAUUAUGACAUCACAAUCUUUGAGAUGUCAUGUGUGAUGUCAUAAUGGCCAGAAAGUGUAUAAAUAUGUUCGUAACCUGGAUUCAACACACAGUUUCUCGUGACUUCGUGCGAUUUCCCGUGAUUUGCCGUGAUUUUCACCACUCACUUGAGCAGACCCCACUUUGACAUGGCCCUGAGCUUUAAAAAGGUCAGAGCCUUUUUAUCAUCAAAGGCCUCGACUUCAACAGACGAUGCGACUGAAAACAGAAAGGAGCGUGAACGUUGGCCAUUUUCCAAGGCUGCCAAAAGGCAAUUUGAUGAAAUGCAGGCAGACCAGAAGAAGAUUUUUAAGAGGAAACAUCCAGAGUUCCCUGUGGAUCUGGACCAAGAGCAAAGCGAGUCUGUAGUCAGAAGCUCAGAAAGAUGUCCUUCAUCAGGAAGGCCUUCUGAGUCUGUGUCUACAGUCAACUCCAGAAAAACUUGUGAAAAAGUUUCCAAAUUUACCAGCAGGGACGAUGAGGGCUAUGAUGAGGACGCUGAUAAAUUCUCUACACCAGUUGUAGCCCUCAGAUACUCAGAGUCUCUCGACACUUUGGUGUCGGUCCAUGAAGAGUCUGAGUCCGAUGACAGAUCCUCCUAUCAAGAACCAGCGACUGAACUGGUCUCUGCUCCUGAACCCGCCGCUUCCCAGGUCAGAACUGAAUCACAUUCUUCACUCUACUUGUCCCCCGAAGAAAAGGAUGUCGUCAGCGCUCUGCUGCUGAAGGUGAUGGCAAAAUUCUUCUCUAAAUCCAGGGUGUUAGUCACCACAGAGCAACUCCAGAUCAUCCUGAAGCAACUGUUGAUCCUUCUGGAUGAACGCUACCUGUCACCUGACUUCAUCACAAAAAUAACCCAGGAGACGGACAAAAUAACGAAGGCCAUGGUGAAGGACCUUGACAGGAUGUUUGGCUCUACAGAAAAGCUGCUGGAGGCAGCGACGACUGCAAAAGAUGAAUCUUUUAAGGACACUGUGUGGAUGGCUUUGCAGGUUAAUUUAGAAGCCAUCCCUCGACCAGACAAUUUGAAAUCUGGAGACACCAGGUUCUUCUCAUCGGUGGGAAGAGGCUUCAGCGAAAACUUUCGCCGUUUGAAGAAGAGUUUGGCAGGUUCUAAUACCGUAGCGAUUAUAUUAGUAAUCCUUUUUUGUAUAUCAGUAUUACCUCUGUGAGAAAAUCACAGUAUAGAUAAGUCCUUUAUUUCUCCCCAAGCCAGGGGAAAUUCACAUUGUUGUGGAAACGCAUCAAGAGAAGAAUUACAAAGGCUUUCCAUAAAUACAUCUUGUGUGGAUCAGUAAGGCCUUCUCCAACUUCUCCACCCUGAUUCCUCUCUCUGUCUAUCUAUCUAUCUAUCUAUCUAUCUAUCUAUCUAUCUAUCUAUCUAUCUAUCUAUCUAUCUAUCUAUCUAUCUAUCUAUCUAUCUAUCUAUCUAUCUAUCUAUCUAUCUAUCUAUCUAUCUAUCUAUCUAUCACCCCCAUUCUUCACCUUUCUAUUCUUCACCUCCUCUUUCUUUAAGGGCAGCAGGGUGGAAUCAGUGAAGAGCACAGCAGCCUCAUAAAAACGACUCCACUACUCUGGUGGGCUGUUUUCUGUGGCCACUUCUGUGUUCUCUCCAUGCAAAUUGAUUGAUUGGACUCUAAAUUGCCUCCCAAAAACAAAAAGAAAAGAAAAAAAUAAAACCAAAUAAAAAUAAAAGAAAAAAAAUCUAUUAUCAGUCAUUAUCAGCAAAUAAAUAUAAUUUCGCCUUAAUUCUACAUUUGUUUGUUUCUCUCAGUAAAUGCACCACAUUCUGGUUGUUGUUGUUCAAACACUGGUGGUUCUGAUUUAAACAGAACUAAAGCUCAGAAGGUAGUUUUUAGUACUGAACAGGGUUCAUAUGGUGGACAAGAGCUUGUUGUUCCAACAAUGUCAUUGUUUUUUCAUUUAAUGUGCACAUACUGUAUCCUACUUGCACACAGCUGAUCUGCACCACAACUUUUAAUUCAUUGUAUUGGACAGUAAAUGCAUUGUCUUGUAUUUCUCUUUGUAUAAAGUGGGAUGUAAAGAAGAAUCUUACUGUAAUAUUAAACCUGAUUACUCAAAACUUUAGCGCACAGGGAAACUAGUCAAAGUAAUGUUUCCAAGAAUUUCUACAUGUGUGUGUGUCUGAAGCAAGAACUUGGGAAUUUCACCAUAAUCUUCCUGAUUGUGGUCUUUCAUUCCAUUUUCUUUCUCAGUGUAGCCAAAUAUUUACAGUUAUUUUGUUAUGUGCUUGUUGGUUAUCGGAUCCAGUGUGAACAGUAUAUUUUUGGACACUUUUUAAGUGAGUCAUGUAGAAUCAAAUGAUUUGAUGGAAAUAUCACAAUUUUCAGUUUAGAAUUUGAGAAUUUUCCCGAUGGAACCAAGCAUCACAUAUGAUUUGCUCAGGCACUGUUGCAAAGUUGAAAACCUCACCAUCCUUUCUGUUUUUACAGGAUUUUUUUCUUUUUAUCAUUACUAAUGUUUAAAUAGUAAAUUACUUUAUAUAGCAAAGGAUUGUGGGAAAAUAUAUGCUCACUACAGGAAAUCUUUUGUACUGUGAAUCCAUUCACAUUAGCAAACCUGAACACAAAACACUGUCCAAAGGCCAGGGAAAUUUCUUCAUUUUUUAAAAAACUGUUUUUGGGGAAUUUGUGGUGAAAGUACAGAAGAGAAAAAUGGCAUUAAGGCAACAAAAAGGUUGUUAUAUUUCAUGUAAAACUGUGACUUUUUCUACAUGUCAACGUUGUGCCAAGUUGACUAGCUUUUCUUUUGUUUUUUGUUUGAAGAUUCUACAUUUGUCAGUGUCAACAUAUCAGCUUUAUGUUACACAUAUAUUUUGACAGAUAAAGAACCAUCACUAGAUAGAUGAUGAACCUGGUAUUUUUUUUAGUGGUGGGACACGAUUAAAAAAAUUAGUCUAAUUAAUUACAGGCUUUGUAAUUAAUUAAUCAAAAUGACAAUAGAUAAUUAUUUUCAAAUUCAAAUAAAUUUUGGUUGACAUCGAUGAAUAGACAUAUACAUGUGUAAAAUUUAAAAUGUAUAAAAUGAAUACAAUUUUAAAAUGGGACAUCACAUAAAAACUGCUCUCUAUUCAUGUCCAGUGAAGGUUAACACCCUAAUUAAUUCUACUUUGUGCAGUUUCCCCCCUAGCAGGUCAGUUUAGGCCUCUGAAGUGUUUGGUCUUCAGUGUUUUUGGGUUCCAUAAGUGAGUGCAGCGUGUUAACACACAUGUUCCCUGAAGCGUGCAACAUGCAGCGCAGAGCCUCUUCUUGUACGUUUCACUGCUGAUCGUCCCUGACAGUCCUUUCAUGCAGCUUUGUGACUGUGUGAUGUUGGGUCUGUACAACGGAGCAGCGACACACAGGAGCCCCUCAGUGCUGCCGUUUGUUCACAUGCUGUCGGAGCUUCUGCCGGAGCUGCAGGCGUCCAUGAAGCAGCGUUUGGAUCCCGGCUGGAGGCUCCACUACCUGCAGGACCAGAAAACUGCAAACUGAAGUUUAUCGACUCGUCUGAGAAGCUCCAGCAGCAGAAAUGAUCAUCAGACUGGGAAGACUGACUCCAGGAUAUUUCUGUCUCCUCCAGAGGCAGGUGUCAGGUGAGGUCCGGCUGCAGCCUCAGACCAGCAUCAUCGACCCCAUCGCCAUGACGAUGGCGGCGUUUGGGAUGGGAGUGUCUCUGUACAGCACCAGGCAGAUGACCGAGAGGGUCCAACUGAAAGAACCCAACUAGAAGAUCGCCUGCAGAUAGAACGUCAAAUAUAAAACAUGUGACUGUUUGUGGACGUCGGAGGAGGUUUGUGGAGGAGGAGGAUUAAAUGUGGUGUUUGUGUCGCUGCCAGAAGGAAAAUCUAAAUGUCUCAGAGGGGAAAAGUGACUCAUUGAUCAGAGAAACCAGGAUGAGUCAUCAAUAACAGCAAAUAAAAGCACAGAUAUGUGAGCCUGUAGGUCAGUAAGUUUAUAUUCUGUGCAGGUUUCCUUUAAGAGGGCGGAACAUUUAAUCAGGGAAUUGUGUUUUCAAGCAAUAAUCACUUUUUAACAAGCACCUUUAAUACAAGUAACCACAGAAAAUCAGAUUUUAUUUAUUAAAAUUCGUCACAAAUGCUCACUUUUCCUUCAUAAUAUUUCACUUUUGUCGUUCGCUGUGUGUUGUUGUACUUUAGCACCUUAAUGUUGUGAAUUUAGAUGAUAAAUCCUGCAGCAGAAUCACCUCUGACUAUUAUUUUUUCACCCAGCAGCUGUAGGAGGAGCUGUUUGUCACCAGAGCAUCUUAAAUUCGCUAAAAUAUAACUUUAAUUUCAUGUCAGCACAACAUUUACUCAGAAAAUGUCUGUAAAUGUAAAAUAUAUGUUCAAAUCCUGUACUUAGUAUAGGCACAACUGUGUACAUUUCACAGAAGUCUGAAAUAAAUACGUUCAUGUUUUGA